GCGAGUUCGCGUUCUUCUGCGAGGCCCGCGUCGGGAAGUAGCUCUGCCCGUAACGAGUGUCCGCCUCUGCCCGCCCCCGGCCGCGCUGCUCGGACCGCUCCCGUCGAUGAAGGUACCCGAGGCAGCGGCUCCCGUGCUCUUAGCCCUGGACUAGCAGAGGAAAAUGGCCCAGCUGGUCGUGCCGCCUUCCCUCUGUUGGAACUUUGCGUUUUCACUGAAGCUUGGCAAUAUCGGGAAUUCAUAGAAACAGGAACCAGGCUAAUAAUGUCUGUCCCUAAGGAAGAUCUGUGGCACCACAUGAGAGUAGCCGUCCGCGUGCGCCCUGAAAGCACAAAGGAGAAAGCGACAGGGCUCCAUAAGGUGGUCCAAGUUGUGGAUGAGCACAUACUAGUUUUUGACCCCAAACAAGAAGAAGUCAGUUUUUUCCCUAAAAAGAAAAGUACAAAUUUUGAUGUUUCAAAGAGACAAAAUAAAGAUCUUAAAUUUGUAUUUGAUACUGUUUUUGAUGAAACUUCAACUCAAUUGGAAGUUUUUGAACAUACCACCAAGCCAGUUCUUCGUAGUUUUUUGAAUGGUUAUAAUUGCACAGUGCUUGCAUAUGGUGCCACGGGAGCUGGGAAAACCCACACAAUGCUAGGAUCAGCUGCAGAACCUGGAGUAAUGUACCUAACAAUGUUAGACCUCUACAAGUCCAUGGAUGAGAUUAAAGAAGAGAAAAUAUGUAGCACUGCAGUUUCUUACCUGGAGGUAUAUAAUGAGCAGAUUCGUGACCUCUUAGUAGAUUCUGGGCCGCUUGCUGUCCGCGAGGAUGCUCAGAAAGGAGUGGUUGUUCAGGGUCUGUCUUUGCACCAGCCCAGAUCCUCAGAAGAAAUCUUACAGUUACUGGAUAAUGGGAACAAAAACAGGACACAGCACCCCACUGACGCAAACGCAGCCUCCUCUCGUUCUCAUGCUGUUUUCCAGAUCUAUUUGCGACAGCAAGACAAAACAGCGAGCAUCAACCAGAAUGUACGCAUUGCCAAGAUGUCACUUAUCGACCUGGCGGGGUCCGAGCGGGCCAGUUCCACCAGCACCACAGGGGCCCGGUUCGUGGAGGGCACGAACAUCAACAGGUCCCUGCUCGCCCUGGGAAACGUCAUCAACGCCCUGGCAGAUGGAAAGAAAAAGAAUCAGCAUGUUCCUUACAGAAAUAGUAAGCUCACUCGCUUGUUAAAGGAUUCUCUUGGAGGAAACUGUCAGACUAUAAUGAUAGCUGCUGUUAGUCCUUCCUCUUUAUCCUACGAUGACACGUAUAACACCCUUAAGUAUGCUAACCGUGCAAAGGACAUUAAAUCUUCUCUGAAGAGCAACGUUUUUAAUCUCAACAAUCACAUAUCUCAGUAUGUAAAGAUCUGUAAUGAGCAGAAGGCAGAGAUUUUAAUGUUAAAGGAAAAAUUAAAAGCCUAUGAAGAACAGACAGCCUGCACUGCUAAAAGUGAUGAAGCAAAGUUAAUGAUUCCAAACCCUCAGGAAAAAGAAAUCGAAAGAUUUCAAGAGAUUCUUAACUGCUUGUUCCAGAAUCGAGAAGAAAUCAGGCAAGAAUAUCUGAAGUUGGAAAUGUUACUUAAAGAAAAUGAACUUAAAUCAUUUUAUCAACAGCAAUGCCAUAAGCAAAUAGAAAUGAUGUGUUCUGAAGACAAAGUAGAAAAGGCCACCUGCAAACGAGAUCAUAGACUUGCGAUGCUGAAAACUCGUCGCUGCUACCUGGAGAAAAAGAGAGAGGAGGAGUUGAAGCAAUUCGAUGAAAAUACCAAUUGGCUUUAUCAUGUGGAAAAUGAGAUGAGGCUCUUGGGCCAAAAUGGUCAUAUUCCAAAGGAACUCAGUAAAGAUCUUCGUUUUCACCAUUUACACCUCCAGAAUGAAGAUUUGAAAGCACAAAUUAGACAUAUGAUAGAUCUCGCUUGCCUUCAAGAGCAGCAGCACAGGCAGACUGAGGUAGUUCUGAAUGCUUUACUUCCAACCCUAAGAAGACAGUAUUGCACACUGAAAGAAGCUGGCUUGUCAAAUGCUUCUUUUGAGUCUGACUUCAAAGAAAUUGAACAUUUGGUGGAGAGGAAAAAAGUGGUGGUUUGGGCAGAUCAGACUACUGAACCCCCAAAUCAAAAGGAUCUACCAGGAAUUUCUGUUCUGAUGACCUUUCCACAGCUUGCACCUGUUCAGUCUAUUCCUUGUUGCACAUCUUCAGGUGACCCGAAUCUGUUUAAAAUUCCUCUGCACAAAAGAACUCGGAGAAAACUGAUGCCUUCUCCCCUGACAGUAAAACAUCCCGAGAAGCCAACGCUGGCUGAAAGUGUCCCGCUCAAUGACUCUCUCACCAGAGAACUUCAGCCCCUUUUGUACACCCCCGAGAACUGCAGAAAACCUGUCCCAUGUGCGUCCCCACGGCCCUGGGUAAGGCCGCCCUCGCACCCUGCAGGCAUCCAGGCCUUGGGCCCCUGUGGAAACAGUGGUGACUCACUGCAAAUGCUGGGCAGGGUCGACAGCCCUGCUGUCUGCAGGGCAGCACAUGGACGGAGCGCCACAGAGCCCCUCACUGCGUGUGAAGACACCAGGGCCCUGAAGCGAAAGUUACCCGAACAGGACUCGCUCCUGACCAAAAACAGUUUAGAAAGGCUUGGCCCUUCUUCGCUCUCAGGCACGCACCCAGUGCCUGUGUCGAGCACGAUGCCAUCCUACAUGGCGAUGACCGCUGCCGCUAAGAAGAAACGGAAACUGGCGAGCUCUACAUCAAGUAAUCCGUUAACUGCUGAAGAAAAUCAUGGAUUUGCCAAACGUGUUCGACAAGAGAAUUCAAGCAAUAACCUCUUACAAGAAAACAGACCAGCCAUAGCGCAGAAUAAAACCAUCCAUAAAAUAAACUCAAACAUGGUUAGAAAAUUUGGAAGAAACAUUUCAAAAGGAAAUCUAAGAUAAGUCACUUCAAAGUCAAGGAUGGCGAAACUGAUCCAGUCUGCUUCUGAAGGGAUUUGUUAGUGUCCUCCCAGAAGUGUUUCAAACCUCGACAGAGACCUGUCCUGUAGAGCCGUUUACCACAUGUCUUCAGCAAGCAGAAAAUGCAACUGUCUUCUUUGGUACUUUAAGUAAAUAUGACUUUUCAAUGGAAAAGCUUAUGUUUUAGGCUUCUGAAAUAUUUGUUCCCUUUAAAAUUCCCAACUCAGCAUGGUGGCCACUCACUUUUAUAACAGGCUGGUGCUGUAACAAGUUGAGGAGGGUGAGUUAGGAAACAAUAGUUAAAUUACCCUUAUUAAAUUACCCUUGUUAGUUUUUAAAUAAAGAAAACUUAGAAAUGGUAAUAGUCCAAGACAUUCUGUGACAUUUCCAUGCUGUAUUUUACUCAUACAUGUAUGUAUUUUAUUUUCCAGAAAUACCUUUGAUGUAUAAAUGUAGAUAAAGGUUGUCCAUAAAGUUGUUGUAAAUAUUAUUUAAAUGUGUGUAAUGAAUAAAAUGCUAAUAUUGUUCCUUGCUACUUGAUACAUUAAAGAUGUAGAUUUUAAAGU